UCAGGAACUUCCUGUUGUCACCACACCUCUGGAUUAGUUAUCUGGGCUCUCCCAGAGCGAGGCUCUCAGUGGAGACUCUGAGGCGCUGAGAAGGAAGUCGUUCUCUGGUGAGUGUGACGCGCUCGCUCCAGUUUCCACAUGCUGAAAUUAUACUUCUUCAUCAGUUUGAUGUGCUUGGUGAGACCAGACACAAAGGAAACAUGUCCUUCAUUCACCAGAUUGAGCUUUUCCAGUGCAGUGAUUGGUACGGGACUAAAUGUGAAGUUGUUGCUUUACACAAGGAGAAAUCCGACCUGUGCACAAGUCAUCAACCCCACGGCCAUGGGGAACUUGAACGUGACGAAGAAAACCACCUUCCUUGUCCAUGGAUUCAGGCCAACAGGCUCCCCUCCAGUUUGGAUCGAGGACUUAGUAGAGGGUUUGCUCUCUGUAGAAGACAUGAACGUGGUUGUUGUCGAUUGGAAUCGAGGAGCUACAACUGUAAUAUACACCCGUGCCUCUAAUAAGACCAGAAAAGUAGCAAUAAUCUUGAAGGAAUUUAUCGACCAGAUGUUGGCAGCAGGAGCUUCUCUUGAUGACAUUUAUAUGAUUGGAGUAAGUCUAGGAGCCCACAUAUCCGGGUUUGUUGGAGAGAUGUACAAUGGGCAGCUGGGGAGAAUUACAGGUCUCGACCCUGCGGGCCCUUUAUUCAACGGGAGACCUCCGGAGGACAGAUUAGAUCCCAGUGAUGCACAGUUCGUUGACGUCAUCCAUUCUGACAUUGACGCACUGGGCUACAGGGAACCAUUAGGAAACAUAGACUUCUACCCAAAUGGAGGAUUGGAUCAGCCUGGUUGUCCUAACACAAUAUUUGCAGGAAUACAGUAUUUUAAGUGUGACCACCAGAGGUCUGUGUACUUGUUUCUUUCUUCCCUGGGAGAGAACUGUGCUAUCACUGCGUACCCCUGUGACUCCUACUGGGACUACAGGAAGGGCAAGUGUGUCAAGUGUGGCACACCACAACAGGAGUCCUGUCCCCUUCUGGGCUAUUAUGCUGAUAAUUGGAAAGACUAUUUAAGGGCGCAAGAUCCUCCUAUGACUAAAGCGUUCUUUGACACAGCCCAGGAGAAGCCGUUCUGCAUAUAUCAUUACUUUCUGGAUAUUAUAACUUGGAACAAGAACAUAAGAAGAGGGUCCAUAACAAUCAAAUUGAAAGACAAAGCUGGAAACACCACAGAGUCCAAAAUUGAUCAUGAACCCACAACGUUUCAGAAAUACCACCAAGUGAGUCUACUUGCAAGAUUUAACCAAGAUCUGGAUGAAGUGGCAGACAUUUCCUUGGUGUUCUCUACAGGAUCUGUAAUAGGCCCGAAGUACAAGCUCAGAAUUCUCCGAAUGAAGUUAAGGUCACUUGCCCAUCCAGAGAGGCCCCAGCUGUGUCGGUAUGAUCUUGUGCUGAUGGAAAACAUUGAAACAGUCUUCAAACCUAUUCUUUGCCCCAAGUUGCAAAUGUAACUGUUGUCAGGACACGUGGGCACCGGUAACAUCAAGAAAGCUACAACUACAGGCUUUUUAAAAGCUUCACCUAGCCUUUUCCUCAAGGCACAAAAAGUAUGGAAUAACCAGCGUUUUUCCAUUAGUUGUCCUCUGGAUGUCACAUUGCAAAAUGUCAAACGAUCUUGGAUUAUAAAACAGUCUGGGGAAGGGAGCCCCUAAGUAGGGCAAGUCAGAAAUAGCCAGGCUCCCGACAGCUCAGUGCCUUGUCUGGCUGUGUCCUGGGGCCUCCUUUGUUCCAACCUGUCAAUUCUGCUGUCUGUCACUCCGGCAAUUCUGCCCAUGAUGGCGGUCAGUCAGCGUCCUACAGGGAAGGGCUGACUGGAGACUUCACUUUGGACUCGACUCCACCUUCCUUGUGCCAAAUUCCUCCAGGUCCCGCAUGUAGAAAGGCAUGGAAACCGACCUACCUCACAGGGCUAUUGUGUGGGUUUGGGAGGCAAGUGUGUGGAGGGCUAUUUGAAACCCCAUGGGUGCCACAUCCGUGAGUGGUUUGAUAAAUGUGAAUAUGCUUUUAUUUAUUUUGAUAUGGUUUAUCUAAGAUGCAAUAAGAGAGCUUCUCCUAAUCAACAUCAGCUUUUCUCUUGGGCUGUUUGCUCUGGGAUGGCAGGAAAGCCUUAGCCCUGGCUUCUCACCUUUUCUAAAUUGGGGUUGGUGUAGGAGGAGGUGGGGACAGCAAAGAGGGCAGCUGCUGGGACUAGAUAGUGAGAGGAGGAAGGAAGACGGGCAGGGGAAGCAGUGGGCCAGCCUCGCUCACAGUGACCAGGGAUGGAGAGAGAGGCAGGCGAGAGCAGGCAGAGCUCGUUUUUCACUUAAGGUAAAGAAGGAUCACUUUAUAGGCAAUCUUCAUUUUAAGCAAUUCUUAACAAAUGUUUCUUUUUCCUUAUUACUAAUGCAAUCCAUGAUUAUUGAAGGAAAUUUAGAAAAUGCAUAGAUGCAAAGUGAAAACGUGCUAUCCAUAAUCCCACGUGUUAGAGGUAAUUAACGUUAACUUUUGGAGUAAUGUUAGCUUGUUUUGUUAACAUGGGAAUUCAAAGCAUGAACCGGUUUGCCUGUUGGAGCAUCUGAAGCCUUCAGUCUGAGGAAUUCUUAGGCUUCUCCAGGGGUAGGUGUGAUCUGUGAAUCUGGAAUGACAACAGCAGCCAAGUCAAGAGGCCCCAGAGGGCCAAGGCCAGAGAUGUCAGAACCAAGAGACGAUGGUCCCUGUGGUCAGAUGCCCAGUACAGUGACAGAGCCAGAGGGGUGGACACCACCCAUCCCAUAACUGCGGCCACUGAGGAAAGGUUCCUGGGAUUCCUGAGUGUCACAAGUCCCACUCGUAACUUCCUCCUCAUCCAAAUGACGGUUCUUCUACUGUUUCCUGUGAGAGCAGCCUUUAUUUUAAAGAAGUGGACUCUCUAUUUCAUAAAUUAUAGAACUCUGUAAAUAUAUUCCUGUGUGGCACAUCUUACAGAUUUAUAUAGGUAGCAAAUAUGGAGUCUAUUUCACUUAAGUGAGUAAUGCCUGCAGUGAAUGGCUGAACUCUGACAGCAGUAAUGCUCAGUGAUGCUCCUGCCCACUCGGACAUCUUAUCAACCUUCCUCCUGCCCAUGUUUGCUCAGCAAUUGUGGGCAGAGAGAUCAGUGUGCUGAUAAGCCCUGAUUUCUUUGUAGCGUUUUACUGGUCCUGUAUUUUGAUUAGCACGGUCACUUCUUUGUCCUCUUUGCCUUGCCUGGUAAGCAGGGGGUCAAAACAACAGCAAGAAAAUGCCAAGAAUAGAAUUUCUAUCAAUUUAGAAACUUCUUGGCCCAGUGGAUCUCUCUUAGCUUCUUCUCCUAGUGUCUCAUGGCACAUUACCUGGCUCGCUGUGGAAUGGGUGGAUGGAUGAACAAAUGGAUGAAUGAAUGGAUAAAUGGAUGAGUAAAGGAAGGAAGGAAAUUUGUUCACUGGAGUGGAAGUGAAUUUCAAUGAGUUUCAUAUAACAGUGAUCGGGAGAAAUGAAGACAGUUACAAGUGUGGUCCCUCUCUUCUCAGAGUCUUUCUCCCAAGGCCCCUGGAACCUUUCACUGUCUCUUGUUAUCUCUGCCUCUCUCCCCUUCUCUUGGUCAGUGUAUCUGUCUGAAUCCCAAAUCCAAUUAAAUUGCAGCCUACCCUCUUCCCUCCCGUCUUCACCAAUUAUCUCCUGCUUAGCUUGAUUGUCACUUCAGGGAAGUCUUCUUGGACCUCAUUUCUCCACGUAGCACACCGUACCUCUCCUUUUUAGCACUUUUUAAGUUGUAUUUUAAAAAUAUUUAUUUGUGUGAUUAUUUGAUUAAUGUCUGUCUUUCCACUACUGCUCUGCAAGGCAGGGGGUGCGUGCCUAGUGAGGUACCUACAAUAUAGUCUGUGCUCAGGAAAUAUUUAUUAAAUAAACACUGUCUUGUGAGCCCUGUGGAACCAUGUUUGGUUGUGAGUAAAGACCUCCCCUCUACGCCCAGCCACAGUCCAUUUCCAUGGAGGCACCCACCAUCUCUGCCUUAGACUUCUCUCCCAGGCGCCUUUGUUAUUAUGUCUCUGGAGGCCCACUGGCCAUUUCCCAGGACCCCCUAGGAAGAAGAGAGGUUGGCUCUUUUUCUUACUCCUCAUCACACCUUACACAUGGCCCCAACACCAUUCUUCAGCAAGCCCACCUAUCCUGAAGCCUAGGAGAUUUUGCUUUCCCUGACUCCCCUGUUUUAGCACCUUGGCUAAAACCCUCCAGGACCCUCCAGCAUUACUAGAUGACGCCAAGCUGUGGGUUCAAAGUCCCCCUUGCUUGCUUUUCCAUGGCUCCCUUCUACCACCCACUUUGCCACUGACUUUGUACGUGUUUCCAUCACUGCUUUUAUUACGCCGUAUUGUAGUAUGUUUCUACGUCUGUAUCCCCUCCGAGACUGUGAGUGCCACAAGAGCAGCACUGAUUUGUCUUUGCUGCCCCAGGACCUAGCACAAUCAGGCCCAAAGCGGGUGCCCAAUAAAUGUCUGUUGAACAGAAUGGAGUGGACUCAUCCUUAGGGACUUGAGGGAGUCACCUCCACUCUGAUUUAGACAUCAACACACAACUGUAUUAUUUCCAAAACUUAAACUUAGAACUUCCCACCAUAGGACCUCUGCCCCAUGCUCUCAUUCCUGCAAAACCCUAUCUUAGCCAAGAGACUUUGGAUGCCAGCAACAGAAAUCCACUCAUACUAACCCAAAUUUUAUUAAGAGAGGACUUGUGGAAACCCAGGAAGAGCUGAACCAUCAGACCUCAGGAAGGGCAGGAUGGGGGCAGCCCUGGAAGCUUCAGUAACAAGAGUUUAUGGGCCUUUAUUAACCUUCAUGCUCUGCCAAGAGUCUCUCUGACUCAGCUUGACUCCCUCCACAGGGCAACUGUGAACCACUUGGGUCCUUGAGACCAUGGGGUCCUCGGCCACUCACUCACUAGGUGGCCCAAUUCUAAAGUCCAGGGAGAGGAACUAGCCCUUGGCUCCUCCUCUUGGGGAGGGUGUCCAUCCUGUUCCAAUGAGUUAUGGAUGAAGUGGGGAUGGGGAAGCAAAAUUCUGUGGUCUCUUCAGAGCUACUCCCUUCAAUUGCUCUGUGCAGCUCUGAUUAAGCCAGAAUAGGAGGUUGAGUGCUAGUGACACAGAGCCCGGGUGCGGGCCUGGCUAACUUACUCUCACUGGAACCUCUUGCCUUUUCCCCCCUCCAACUUCCCUGAGCCAUUGGUGCCCAUCUGCUUCCCAGUCCAGCAUGUGUCCCUGGUGGGGUCCUGCAGCUGUCCUUUUUCAGGCUGCUUGGGCAUGUGCUGUAAAUGAAUGGCCUCAGUGGAGGCUGCUGCAGCUUGCAGGCGGUGCACUGGCUGGUUAGAGGUGGCUCUGCAGGUGCUGGAUUGGGAGCCAGGAGGAUUGGGGAGACAGACCAGCAUGGAGGUGAGCUGGAAGUGGGCAACACAGUCUGGGGCUUCUCCCCUAAGCAGACAGAUCGAGCAAGAGGAAGCAGAACAGGAGUCUAGGUGGGUAAGUCAGGGGCAGCAAGCAGAGGCUUGGGCAGUGAGCCUGUAGGAAAUUAGGUCUGCAUCUCCCAGUAGAGCUCUGUCAAAGGUCCCCCACCACCUCAUGCUGGCUGAAGCCCACAACCCCUCUGGUCUCCCUGCUGGAUUUUUCCAGGGCCUCUGACACUGUGCACUGGGCCCUUUUGUAACACUCUUUCUUGGGCUUUCAGGACACCCAACCCCCCACCUCUCCCCUGCAAUCCCCCGAAACAUUGGAUGUUUCUCAUCCAACAUCCUUGAAUGAGCCAUCGUGUUCUCUUCCACAGGCUUAUGAUUCAGUCUUCUCUCUGAAAAAGCUAGCAUAGGGUAAGAGAUUGGGCUCUGCUGUUUGCUGGUGUGUGACCUCUGUCAACGUACUUAACUCUUCCUAAGCUUCCAUUCUCUGGACUGUGCAGUGGGGGCUGUAAGAGUCCCUGCUUCUUGAGGGUUGUUACAGGGAAUAAAUACAUGCACGUGUGUGAAACGCUCA